GAAAAGAGGGAAAGAGAAAGAGAGGAAGGCAUCAAAAUCGAAUUGGGCAAUUUGACCUUGGACUGCACACAACCAGACCUCCACAGAGCGAAGAAGCCACGAGGUGGAGACUGGAGGCCGGAGCGUGGAGGAAGAACACACAACAACAACAACAACAACGACGGCAACACUCUUUUCUCUUAUUCUUCAAUUCCUCAUUCAUAUCAAACCUCAAUUUCUCAAUUCUCAAUUCUCAAUCUCAUCAUCCCGCCAUGUUUCACCCAAACAAUAUGCAGCUGGCUGUUCGGAUACCCACAUCGCCUUCCCAAGAUUCUACGCAGUAUAUGCAAGUCGAUCAGAGCGAUAAGUCUUUAGUCGUGAGGAAUGAUAUGCAAAAUGGGAGCUUCCCACAUGCCGAAUACAUCUUCAACUACUCCAAGAAACUUGAAGAGGAUCUACAGACAUUUGGAAUGAAAAUAAAGCAACACGAGGACAACAUUAAAUUUCUCAAGACUCAGAAAAACAAAUUAGAUGAAUCCAUCCUCGACUUGCAAGUUAUUCUAGGUAAAUAUCAUUCUUCUGGCACACCUGUGGCCGAAAACGAGGUUCAUUCCCAUCCUCAAAAUGACGAGGAAACAAUGGAACAGAUUAUGCGGCAGGAGAAAUCUGCUGCUAGCAUUAUAUGUAAAUUGAGUACACAUCAUGGUAUUCAGGCUUACAACCUUGUGUUGACCAAGGAUGUAUUGGGUAUUGUUGCUCGUCUUGGAAAAGUUGAUGAUGAUAACCUUAGCAGAUUGCUCUCUGAGUACUUGGGAAUGGAAACUAUGCUGGCAAUUGUCUGUAGAACAUACGAGGGAGUUAAGGUGCUAGAAACAUAUGACAAGGAAGGUUGCAUAAACAAAAGUCUUGGCCUUCAUGGUCUUGGUGCUUCUAUUGGGAGGAACUUAGAUGGCCGGUUUCUCGUAAUUUGUCUUGAACAUUUGAGAUCAUAUGCUGGUGACUUUAUUGCCAAUGACCCACAAAGGAGGCUUGACCUUCUAAAGCCAAGAUUACCUAAUGGGGAGUGUCCACCUGGCUUUCUUGGCUUUGCUGUUAACAUGAUCAAUAUUGAUACCACACACUUGUUUUGUCUCGCAGCCAAUGGAUAUGGUCUCAGGGAGACCCUGUUCUAUUCUCUCUUUUCUCGUCUUCAAGUAUAUAAAACCAGAGCAGACAUGCUACAAGCUCUCCCUUGCAUUAGUGAUGGCGCACUUUCUUUAGAUGGAGGAAUGAUUAAAGCUACUGGUGUUUUUUGCUUGGGCCAUCAGGAAGAUGUUCAGUUGAGAUUCCCAAAGGCCUCAAUGAAAUCAAGCCUACCUGAAAAUUACAUUGAAUCUGAGAGGCAGAUUAAAGAACUUAAGUGGAAAAAGGAAAAGAUGGUUGAAGAUAUAAGGAGAGAACAAGCAUUAUUGGACAAUACUAAGCUCAAUUUUGACAGGAAAAAGGCAGAAUUUCUAAAGUUCCUGACUGAAAGCUCAUCAUACGCAGCUCAGCAACAACUCUCAGCCAAGCCAGAGAGGUUGACACCACGAUGAAAUUUGCAGUAGAGAACCAAGUCUUCCACUGAACAACAAUUUGGGGGGAGGAACUACUGUGAGAGCAGUCAGCUGCAAUAUUUAAAUCUGCGAAAAUGCAUAAGCUUCUUAUUGCAUUUUUGAGGUAAAUAUCUUAUGGUUUAGCUGAAAAUUUUCAAAGCAAUGGAAUAGGCAGGGGCGUGGCAUCUGUAGUUCCUCUCUGGAAUAGGCAUUCUUUUAAUGCUUGCUAUCUAAAUUUAUUGAAACUUAUGUUCUUGACAGAGGAGACAAUGGUUCUCUUGCCUGGCAGUAAUCUAGAUGGGAUGGCGGUUUGUAUUGAUCA